AUGGCCGACUUAGCACCUGCUCAGUCCAGUCAGCCUCAANAAAGGAAAUUCAACGAGGGCAAGAGACAUUUCAAGAAGAACAAGAAGCAAAAGCAGACAACCGUCAAGGAAGGUUCCAAUGAAGAGGUUCUGAUCGCCGACGUGCGCGCAUUGCUCGAGAAGCACUCGAUCGCCUCGAAGCCCGAGGAAGGACAAGCAGAACAACAAGCUCCCGCUCAACUACCCGAGCCAUUCACCGAGUACGAUGUCACCAUUGAAGAACUUUCGUCCACCGGCGACGGUCUCGCUGUCAUUCCUGGAUCCUCUCAAGUCGCCGUUGUCCCCUUUACCGCUCCCGGCGACAAGGUCACCGUCAAGAUCAUCAAGCAUUUGCAAGACACAAACUACACCUUGACCGACUUUGUCAAGGUCCUUGAACCCUCGACCCACCGCGAUGACUCUCUUGCCAAGUGCGGCUACUUUUCCAAAUGCUCUGGCUGCCAAUUCCAAUUCCUUCCAUACCAAUACCAGCUGGAUCAUAAGAAGAGCAUCGUCGAAAAGGCCUACAAGAACUUCUGCAACUUGCCCGCACAUCUCGUCCCUGCCAUUGGCGACACCAUGGGUUCGCCUCUGCAAUAUGGUUACCGCACCAAGUUGACUCCUCAUUUCGAUGGUCCUCCCGGUGGUAGACGAGACAGACGUCAAGGUGUCAAGGCUGUCUUCUCAGAGGUACCACCCAUCGGUUUCAUGCUCAAGGGAACUCGCAAGACUAUGGACAUUGAGGAUUGCCCUAUCGGCACGGAUGCUGUACGCAUGGGCAUGAAGAGCGAGAGAGAAAGAGUCAAGGUCGAGCUGGAGAAGUACCAGCGCGGUGCUACACUGCUGCUGCGUGAAAGCACAAAGCGUAUCGAGAAGACAGAUCUCCCACAGGAGCAGCAGACGAACAGCGGUGCUGCUGAGGAGCAACCUAUCGAGGUUCAGGCUGCUGCACCAUCAAGCGAGUCCAAGGACUACAUCGACGAGGACCGCGGAUCACACGUCCACCGCAAGACAUGCGUCACUGACCAGAACGCUGUUUCGACAGAGUAUGUUGACGACUUCCGUUUCGACAACCCUGCUGGCUCUUUCUUCCAAAACAACAACUCCAUCCUCCCCAGCUUCACUCAGUACAUUCGUGACAACAUUCUUCCUAAAGACCAACCAGCGGAUGCGCCCAAGAUCACAAACUUGAUCGACGCCUACUCUGGCAGUGGUCUCUUUACCGUCACCUUGUCCCCUCUCUUCAACAACUCCAUCGGCAUCGACGUCUCGACGAAAUCUAUCGAGUUCGCGUCCACAAAUGCCAAACUCAACAACAUCCCUUCCUCUUCUGCUCGCUUCCUUGCCGGCGACGCCAACAACAUCUUCGCUGAGAUCAAGUUCCCUGCUGCAGAGACUGCCGUCGUCAUAGACCCUUCAAGAAAGGGUUGUGAUGAAAACUUCCUUGGUCAGUUGCUGCAGUUUGGACCUGAGAGGGUGUGCUAUGUCAGUUGUAACGUGCACACUCAGGCCCGAGAUGUGGGUGUCUUGGUUGGAGGUCUUGCUGGUGUCAAUGGAGGCAAGGGCUUGUAUGAGAUUGAGAGUCUGAGAGGAUUCGAUUUCUUCCCUCAGACUGGCCAUGUCGAGGGUGUAGCUUUCUUGAGGAAGAAGAAGGAUGUUGCUGCUGAGUAG